AUGGCGGCGGCCACCAGGCUUCCACUCGCUUAGUUGUUUGAGCCUCUUUUUUCCCUCAGUAUGUUCCUUCUCCGAGACCGUGGCUGCUGGGCCGCGGCGGCCCUUUGCAAACGCUUGCCUUUGUAUCGCCUCCGCAGCGACAGCGCGGCUCCGUGCGGCGCGCACUUUGAUGUGGUAGUGAUCGGAGGGGGGCACGCGGGGACCGAGGCGGCGGCCGCCGCUGCUCGCUGUGGCUCGUGGACUCUGCUGCUCACACACCGCGUGGACACGAUAGGUCAGAUGUCCUGUAAUCCUUCCUUUGGUGGCAUCGGAAAGGGGCAUUUGAUGAGGGAAGUAGAUGCCUUGGAUGGCUUAUGUUCUAGAAUCUGUGACCAGUCUGGUAUACAUUACAAAGUAUUAAACCGGCGUAAGGGCCCUGCUGUGUGGGGGCUGAGAGCGCAGAUUGAUAGGAAACUUUAUAAACAGAACAUGCAGGAGGAAGUCCUGAAUACACCCCUGCUCACCGUUCAAGAGGGAACUGUAGAAGAUCUAGUUCUUACAGAACCAGAGCCUGGAUACCCCGGGAAGUGCCGGGUCAGGGGUGUUGUUUUGGCAGAUGGAAGUACAGUUUAUGCAGAGAGUGUAAUUUUGACAACUGGGACUUUUCUGAGAGGCAUGAUGGUAAUUGGAUUGGAGAUGCAUCCUGCAGGACGUUUGGGGGACCAACCCGCUAUAGGGUUGGCUCAGACUCUAGAAAAGUUGGGGUUUGUGGUAGGAAGACUGAAGACUGGAACUCCACCCCGACUUGCCAAAGAGUCCAUUAAUUUCAACAUUCUAAACAAGCAGACACCAGACAAUCCAUCCAUACCAUUCAGCUUUCUCAGUGAAACAGUGUGGAUCAAGCCAGAAGAUCAACUGCCAUGUUACUUGACUCACACCAACCACAGAGUGGAUGAGAUUGUCCUUGAGAACCUGCACCUGAAUAGCCAUGUUAAGGAAACUACAAAAGGACCCAGAUACUGUCCCUCCAUUGAAUCAAAAGUUUUACGUUUUCCAAACCGCACACAUCAGGUUUGGUUGGAACCAGAAGGAAUGGAUUCUGACCUUAUCUACCCACAAGGGUUAUCUGUUACACUACCAGCUGAGUUACAAGAGAAAAUGAUAACAUGCAUCAGAGGCUUGGAGAAAGCCAAAAUGGUUCAUCCAGGCUAUGGUGUCCAGUAUGAUUAUUUAGACCCCCGCCAGAUCAGUCCUUCCCUUGAGACACACCUGGUUCAGUGUCUGUUCUUUGCUGGACAGAUAAAUGGAACCACUGGCUAUGAGGAAGCUGCGGCUCAGGGUGUGAUAGCUGGAAUCAAUGCCAGUCUUCGGGUCAGUGGGAAACCACCCUUUGUUGUGAGUCGCACAGAAGGCUACAUAGGAGUCUUGAUUGAUGAUCUCACCACAUUGGGCACCAGUGAACCAUACCGCAUGUUUUCCAGCAGAGUAGAGUUCCGUUUGUCACUGCGCCCAGACAAUGCUGAUAGCCGCCUCACAUUCCGAGCCCAUAAGGAUGCUGGCUGUGUGUCUCCACAGCGAUAUGAAAGAGCUUUGUGGAUGAAAUCUUCUUUAGAAGAAGGCAUCUCUGUGUUGAAAUCCAUUGAGCUUUCAAGCUCCAAGUGGAAAAAGUUAAUUCCGCAAGCUCCUAUAAGUGUGAAUAGAAGCCUUCCUGUCAGCGCUCUAGAUGUUCUUAAGUGUGAAGAAGUUAACAUGGACUUACUAGCCAGUGUUGUUCCUGAACCAUUGAAGAAGUAUACUGCUAAUAGAGAGCUGGCUAGAAGACUGAAAAUAGAAGCUGCUUAUGAAUCUGUAUUGGUAUUUCAACUACAAGAAAUAAAGGAGGUUCAGCGAGAUGAAGCUUUGCAACUGCCAGAAGACCUAGAUUAUUUAACAAUCAGAGAUGUGUCACUGUCCCAGGAAGUUCGAGAGAAGCUACACUUGAGUCGCCCACAGACAAUUGGGGCUGCUAGUCGUAUACCUGGAGUGACACCAGCUGCCAUCAUCAAUCUGCUCAGAUUUGUGAAGACCAUUCAGCAAAGACAGGCAGCAGUGAAGGAACACCAAACCAAAUAGUACUUAUAUGAUACAAAGAAACUUGGAGACAGAACUGUAACUUUCAUUUCAUAGAGGACUUCUAGAAAGGGCUUAGAGAGUAUAAAAAAAAGCACCUGUGAGAAUAGCAUUGUUAUAUUAUUUUAGCUUUGUACUUGUAAGACAAAGGUUACAGUUGUGCUUUUUUUUUGUAUCUAAGCAAAAUAGUUAAAAAACAAUGUAUAGUUCUCUCUGGGGCUCUAUAUUGUAAGCCUAUUUCUGUAGGUCAUAUAGCAUUCAUCAGAGGUUAAUAAGUCAAAACUAACCCUGAAACUGAGUGGUGGUACAGAUUUUAAGUAAUCCCAUCUCUUUAAGAGGCUGGGCUGGUAUGGAUCCCUGAGUUUGAGGCCAGCCUGGUCUACAGAUCAAGUUCCAGAACAGGCAGGGCUACACAGAGAAACUCUGUCUCAAAUAAAAAGAGGCUAAAGCAGGAGGAUCAGGAGUUCAGCAUUAAAUUGGCUACACAGUGAGACCUGGUCUCAAGGAAACAAAGACAGUCAGUCACUUACAGUCAUGCUCCUUAGUCCACAUUUGUCAGUUAGACAGAAGAGCUUUCCCUGACACUCAUACUACAAAGCUCCUCCAUUCUUGAAUGCUUUAACCAAAUGGUAUUUCUCUCUCUCUCUCUCUCUCUCUCUCUCUCUCUCUCUCUCUCUUCCCAGCUUCCUCUCCCUGGCAGCUGCAGAGAUUUACAGUUUGCCUACCCUAUUGUUUUUCUCUCAAACUGUAGUAAAAUGGUCCUUGAGUUUUAGAAACAAAAAGUAUUGGGGGAAGGAAAGGUGGCCCAGAGCCUUGCUAUGCCUAGAGGACUUGAGUUUGACUCCCAGCACCCACAUCAACCUGAUGCCUGUAACUGCAGUUCAGGGACCUGAUGCCCUCUUCUGGCCUUGACUAGUUCCCAGAUCUUCUUUGUUUCCUUCCCCAAAUAAAAUCUGAAGGGAAGCUUGCUCUUUUCCGGUCUUCAGGAACUGCCCAUUACUUUUUAGACAUUGCCAAGAACCACAUAAAUAUAACCAGUCCAGAAAUGGUAUCAAGAAGCCCAAUUAUAAAGAUAAAAAUCUAAAGGGGUUUGACUCCAAAUGCCUGAUGGGCAUGUUACUUUGUCAAGAAAGUCUGAGGGUGCUGAAUCCAUCAAGGUCUUUUUAAAAGCCUGAGACUCUGGAAGAAGACAAACAGCGAAGUAAUUGAGUGAACAUGCUAAGGUUAUCUGGGUCCCAAUGAAGUCCUAUCUGCAAGUAUGGAGACAGAUGAAUUCAUGUCACAACUCCAUCUCCCAUGUUGUGUACAGGUACCAAGUGUGCUAUGAUGUUUUUACAGGUAAACUUAAGAUGGGGGAAACAGUCACCAAACCACAGGCUUAACCUUGUCUGCUUCCUGUAGGAAGGAGUGGUUCAGGUCUUAAGUCAGGAUGAAAAAUGAAGACUGAGCUGGUCAAUGGUCACACACACCUUUAAUCCCAGCACUGAGAGCCAGAGGAAGGUGGAUCUCUAUGAGUUGGGGAAGGCCACUGUAGUCUACAAAGCAGGUUCCAGGACAGCCAAGAUAAUAUAGAAGCCUGUCUUGAAACCCCCACCCCCAAGAAGAAAAAUGACCACAAAACCACCCAGAUUCAGUCAGCUACUUUAUUUUUUUCUCUCAUUUGAGAACAGCUUUCAACUGGUGUGCUUUUACACUAUUAUAUACAUGUAAUCCUAAUACUGGGAAAGGGAGGGAGGAGUAGGAGAUGAAGAAAUGGAUCAGCAGUUAAGUUUUCAGCUGCAUUUUCAGAGGACAAAGAAUUGAGGCUCAGCGCCCACAUGAUGGUUCACAACAGUAUAUAAUUCCAGUUCCAGGGGAUCCAACACCUGGCCUUUGUGGCCAUGUGGUACACAUACAUGUAGGCCAAACACCCACACACAUAAUACUUCUUUUUCUUAUUUUAGCACUUGAAAGAGGAGUCAGGAAGCUCAGAAAUCCAAAGUCAUCUUCAGUUUGAGGCUACAUGAGACUCUUGCCUCAGGUGUGUGGGUAGGUAGGUGGUGGCUAUAUGUGUAGCCCAUGCAGUUUCUAAUUUUAGAAUUAAUUUGUAGGUUAGAAACUGACUAAACAUUUAAAUCUUAUAUUUCAGUACUUUGGAAAUUUUCAAUAGUCACUAAUUUUGAACAUUAAUAAAUACUAUAAAACAGACACAUAAACUUACUUUGUAAGCUGGUUGAGGGAGGCUAAAGGUGGUCAGAUUUCAUACAACAAAAAUGCUGAUGAAACUGACCUGGCCAUGAUUUAACAUUAAUAAAGCAAUCCAUCCAUAGUAACUGAUGAA